GUCAGUCCACACGGAGAGCUCGAGUCGAGUAGAGGCUAGUCCAGGUCAGCUGGUUGGAGAUCCAUCGAUCCGUCGAUCCCCGGCACCUGUCAAACGCGCGACAGACACCGACACCGGCUCAGUGACCGUGUCCACUAGCCGUCCUCCGGAUUUUUCGUUCGCGAUCACGCCGCGAGAGACUAUCAGUGAGACUAAGCUGCCGCAAUCGAUUUGUGAGAAACGAUCCCCUUUUUGUACGAGAAUAAUGAGAGACUAGACGGAGAAGAGGGAGCGAGCAUAACAGUGAUACACAGUGAAGAGGAAUACGGUUGAUCGAGGGUGUCAAAUCGCGCGGUCCGAGAAUGACAGUAAUAAGGAUGACAUCCCCGGUGACGCCUCCAUCGACCAGUCCAGGCUCAAACGAGGCUCAAGCGCCCCAGGCGACCUCGAAGCCGGUCCAUCGAUUGAGCUUCUCCGUCGCCGCGCUCUUGGCUGACACCAAGAAGCCGGACAGCAGGCGGGAAACAUCCUCGGUGUCGCCUAGGUCGUCGCCGAUCGCUUAUUCGCCGAUCCGACAGGACGCACACCUGAUCGCGACCAACGCUGCUCUCCAAAGGUACUCCAGUGAUUAUAGAUCGCGGUACCUGUCCGUAUCCCCGAGCAUCCACGAUCUGAGGACAAACCAGUUCACCGCGUGCGAGUCCAGAAGCCCCGACGCUAGAGUAAUCUCCAGGUACUCCGAAACCGAAUUGGAGAGGAUAGAGUCGCCUGGCCAGAGGUCCACACCCAGGACACUCGACUAUGUCAUCCAGACGUCCACGGACUCCGUUUCAACGUCGGACGUCGCUUGUUCCUCGUCGCCGAAGGUGUCUACAGCCAGUCAACCAGACUUCGGCUCGCAGAGUCCAAGAAGCAGCUCGCACGAGGCCAGGUCCAGGUGCUCGGAGACCGAGGACAUCGAGGAAGAAGACGAGAACAGCUUAGUCGACGUCGAAGAUCUGCAGCACCAACAUCACGGGAGCAGUCCCACGCCGGUCAGACCGACGCCGGCGUACAUCGGCGGAUUUUCCAGCCUGGGUAGCAUCUCCGGCAUCCCACCGAGCCUCCAUCCAGCGGUUUGGGGUGGCGGUCAUCAGGGUGCUGCCGCAGCAGCGGCCGCGGCCGCCGCGGCUGCCACCGCGGGCUUCUUCCCCUCGCACUUCUCUCAUCACGCGCCGCUAAACGAGAACGGGGAACCGGCCAAGAUCAAGUGCAACCUGAGGAAACACAAGCCGAACCGGAAGCCGAGGACGCCUUUCACCACGCAACAAUUGCUGGCGCUCGAGAAGAAGUUCACGGAAAGGCAAUACCUCAGCGUCGCCGAGAGGGCCGAGUUCUCGUCCUCCCUUCACCUCACGGAGACACAGGUGAAGAUCUGGUUCCAAAAUCGGCGGGCGAAGGCGAAGCGGAUGCAGGAAGCGGAGAUCGAGAAGCUGAGAAUGUCAGCGGUGAGGCAACACCACACAGCGCUGUACGGCUCGCAUCCGGGCCUGCUGGCACCGGCGAGCCUCUACCCGGUCGGAAUGCUGUCUCAUCCCGGUCUGACGCCGCAUCAUCCGAUCUCUCAGCACCCGUCCAGAGAAUGAAAGCAGCCGGGGGACGGUGGAGCCUCGCAGCGACCGGUAGUGAACCGUGCCGAUCCCCUCCAAAGAAACAAUUCCGCUCCGGGAGGAAUUGUUCGCCGAUGAGCAAUCGGUCGACCAAAGGCUGUGCCUGUGAAUGGGACGAAAACGUUGACGAGAGGGAGUACGUUGGUAUGCGUCCGACGAGGGCCGCGGUGAACUUGGCUCCGCGGCUGGACCAGCCGAGGCAGACGUUCGUAGAAACGCCGAUGAACCUUCGUAGAUGUGAUACCGCUUCGAGGAAUCGUUCCUGCUCGACGAUGACUCGAUUGAGCGAUCGGGCUGAACGAGGCUGUGCCUAUCAAAAGGACCGUGUUUACGGAAGGUUGGAACUGGUCGGGGCUGUAGCGACGAAUGCCCCGUAGUAGAGAGUAUGGGUAACGAGAUGGAUCGAGGAUCGUGUCUCUUCGUGAUCGCAGUCGACGAACGAUAGUAGACGCUGCUUCGAUGAGAGGUCGAACAGCAAGAUUCGCGAGUGGAAGAGAAAUAUUGCGAAUAGAGUGGGGUAAGAAUGAUCGAGUAGACGAAGAGGCGAAGCAGAGGAUGCUUUCUACGAGGAGCAUUAGAUAAGCGGAGAGUGGAAUGUGUCUGUGAGCAGAGAAGUAGAGGACUGGACCAAAUAUGGAAUGAAUGGAGGAGUGAAGAGUAUUCUAGAAUUGAGUUCUCCUGUGAGAGGAGCGGAAAUAUUAAGAGCGAGCCUGAAGAGGAUUGAGAAAAGAGGAUUGGUGAUAGAUAGAUGUGUAUAGAAGAAAAGGGACGAAGGAUUUUUAUCCAGGCUGUUUAAUAUGGACCGAAAGGAAGAAGCGGAAUAGGCGAAGUCAAGGUGGAAGGGAGCCGAAUUCUCGAAGAACUGGACCAAAGUUAGCUACCACAGACAGAGGAGUCGAACUCUGGCGUGCGCCGAUAGGGACACACGAUCGUCGACAUGGCUCGGCGGUGUUCCGCGAUAUCGAUUCGAGUUCUCAGACUUUCCUGUCGAGUGAGUCGGAAAUUCCGUGGCGAGCGGGCACAACUUCCGAUCGGUGUGCGCCCGUAGGAGGGAGAAUGAUCUGUGACGCGUCCCUGGAGAACGCGAGUCGUGAAUCUGUGCCAAUUAAGCCUUGUACAUACCGUGUAAAUAUCGUCGUUCCCGGAUCGAAUUGCGAACCGUAGCCCUGUAAAUACGUGUGCUCGAGCGUACGACGAGCGUGUAGCGGUAAGAUUGGCAACGGCGGGAUCGGAAACCCGCCGCGUGCCGUUUUCCAAUUUUGUAUAAAUGUAAAACCGUCGCCGACAGAGUAGAAGAGUCUAUUUAAUAAAUCGCAAGUAACGA